AACGGACGCUGGCUUUGGGACUCAGAAUCUCAGAGCUCAGAGCGAGCGGUUGGGUGGUGACAUGGCGGAGGCUGAGACUGAGCCUGAGGAAUGGAAGGCGACGCGGGGAUGCAGAAAGAUUCUCCAGACCCUCGAGGGGGCUAUAGAGCAAUUCAAAUUCCAUUCCAGACUUGCUAUUUCUGAUGAACUAAAGGUCGGUUUCUUCACUUCAGACCAUGCUACUCAGACAGACUGCAGUGAAGUUUUUCCUUUGAAAGAUUUGAUUCAAUCCACGGAGAAGUUAAUGCGUACGAUUACGUCACUUCAGGUGGAUUUUGGGUUCCUCAAAGACUUGGUUCAACUAAAGUUCGAGGACCGACUUAAAGAGGAGUCUUGGAAAAUUGUCGGCAUACUCUGUGACAAAAUGUUAGAGAUGAAGAAGCACUAUCAGCAGGGAGAAGAUAUCAUGAGAAAAAGCUUUCAACAGCAGCUAUGUGAUGCCAUUGCUGUCAUCAGAGGAAUGUACCAGAAUUUCUUCGAACUAGAAGGCGAAAAGGCCGCCCUGCAAGAUGCAGCAAAUGUCAAAAUGGGUGUUUUGUCGAAAAAAAUGAGAGAGAAAGAAGAAGUUAUUAGGAGUUUAAGGAAUGAACUAGAACUAUAUGAAGAGUUUGGAUUUAAGAAAGUUGAUUCCAAGGAGUCCAGCUCUCUAAGAACAACCUCAGAAAAGGAACUUAUGGAUUGCAGGGCAGAGAACGAGAGGUUGAUGCAAAUCAUCACAGUGCUUGAGGAGGAAUCACAAGGGGCCAUGAAAGAAAACGCAUUAUUAGAGGAUGAAAUUAUGUAUCUGAAAGAGAUUUCAGAACAGGAUCAGCGAACUAUUCAAAAGUUAAUGGAUAGCAGAGACAGACUGAGGUAUGAGCUGGACUGUGAAAAACUAGCCAUUCAAGAAAUGAUCAACAGACAGAAAGAGGACAUUGAAAUUAAAAAGAAGUAUGCCAGUAUAGCCACCCGUAUUGGCGGCAAGAGAGGAACAUUUGCCAAGGGAAGAGAGUCUUCUGUCUACCUAACGCGUCAAGCCAGAGAGGGCUCACAGUUUGUGCGGCCCCCUGGAACUUCCCUCAGUGUGUCUCCAAAGAUGAAAAGGAAGGCAUCGAAGAAAUUUCCUGUGGUUACGUUCGCUCCUUCUGCCACCAUUAUCCCUGAUACAAUAGAGACGCCGACGCCGACGACGACGACGCCGACGCCGACGACGACGCCGACGCCGACGACGACGCCAACGACGACGCCGACACCGACGACAACGACGGCCAUGGCUCCUACCUCUUCUGAGAUUUUUACCAGUCUCCUUUCAAAGCCUUCAGACAAGCGUGUUACAUUUCUACUACCUAAUGUGGUGCCUGAAGAAUUAUUUAUGAAAUAUCAGAUGAUUAAGGAAGAAGAAAAAAAAAUUCUGGAGAGUCAAAUAAGUCUUUUAAAAUCUGCAUUGGAAGAGGAGGGGAAGAGAAUAGAAAGGUUUAAAAAGGAUACGGAUCACUCCAACAAAAACUGGGAGAAGAAAUUCCUCAUCCUCAGGAACAGCUUUCACGUCCUAAAGAAUGAGAUGUUCACUAGACAAGCACUUUAUCGGCAGUGUGCGGUGACUGCUGACAGCUCUUUCAAUUAUGUCAAAGUUAAGCCCUUGUUUGUGCACUCCAGUAUGCAAAUGCCACAGAUAUCCAAUCCUUCACACCUUCCUCGUCCAUCCAUGAUUCAGAUGGAGUCCAAAUUGGAGAACGCACACAGUGAUCAGGUGACUAAUAAGGAGUACCAGGAAGAUGCUGUAAAUUCUGCAUUUACGUAGGAAAGGGCCCAGGAACCAGCUAAAGAAUUAUGUAUUAAAGAAGCUAUGACAGAAUCCAAAGGCUUUCUGAAGAGUUGUCCAUGGGUCAAAGGUACUGCACAUGUGACAAGGGAGGGUGGGAGUGCACCUGUGCGGUAAAGAGCUUGCCUACCAUUUACUAGGUCUUCCUUAGUUCAAGUCCCACGACUGUGCGAAAGAAAAAGGCAAAUGAAAAGAAAGGGUAGCCACAGUUUGAAAACACAGUGCAGAGCAUCUGUGAAUCCACGAGGCUGCUACCAGCUGUCAGUAACUCCAGUUCUAGUGGCGCCAACUUCUGCUGUCUCCAGGGGCACAGCACACACAAGGUACACAGAUAUGCAUGCACAUAAAACAGCCCUACAUACAAAAGUAAUCCUCUCUAAAGGAUGCUUUAGAGAGGAGCCUUUAGUCUGCUUCUAUUAAACUGGAUUUGCUUGCAUUGUUUAAGUAGCAGUGGGAUGCAUGUGCCUUUAACUUUUCCUCAGAAGUGUUACGUUUUCAAAUUUAAUUAUAGUAUUUUGCUGUGUGUGUCUUGGGCUUAUUUUUACCUGCUGUAGAGUUCAUUCUACAGUCAUACGAAUUAAUCAUCCUUAAUUUCGACAUCUGACUUUGAAAUGCUUUGAGAGCAAAACCACAACACCACAAGUAGAAAUUUGUAUGCUACGAAAUUUGCACGAAAUCUUCAGGCCGUCUGAAAGAAAAGAAAUUCCUUUUUUUUUUUUUUAUUCUUUUGUAGUGCCAGGGUCAAAUGCAGGACCUUGAGAAUACUAAGCAAGUACACACCAAAACUACAAAAGAAUGCUGGCCCCGAGAAUUUGGGGUGUUGACUAUAACAAUCUAUACAACAAAUUCAUUCUCCUUUGGUGGGAAUUUAGAAGACAGAGCCACACUGCUGUAAACAUUCAAUAUUUUCCAUAUUGUAGUGUAUAAAAGACUCAUGGCAUCGAAUAACUAAAAAACAAUUUCUGAAUCAGAAACUUAUUGGAUACCAUCCAGUCAUGCUAACAAGGCAAUGGGCCACACCCAUGCCAGAAUUGCUAAGUUUGUAUUGACCCAAAUUUCUACUAAUUCUUGGGAUCCCUACUUGUUCAAUAUGGCCCAUCUUGCAAGGUGUCAAAUUGCGCCUCAUUUUUUUUAAAUUACAAACGUCUGAGACCUGGUGAGGAAUAUUGUUUUAUGUGUUUACUGGUCUUCUGGGUUUCUUCGUAUGUGAAUUGCAGUUAGCUGUUUUUUUCUACUCAUUAUUGGACAAUUCUCCUUCCCCUCAGUUUUGAAGUCUUUUUAUUUUUAUUCCUAACCUCAGUCCUUUGUUAUUUGCUUCACAAAUACCUCCUCUCUGUCCCUGUUGUAUCUUUUUAUAUAAUAUUUUAGUAUUUAUGUAUUUAUUUUAUGUGUAUGAGUACACUGUUGCUGACCUCAGACACACCAGAAGAGGGCAUCAGAUCCCAUCACAGAUGGUUGUGAGCCACCAUGUGGUUGCUGGGAAUUGAACUCAGGACCUCUGGAAGAGCAGUUGUGCUCUCCACUGAGACAUUUUUCCGGCACCCCACCUCCUACCACCCGUGUAAGUUUUAAUAGUACUUUUGAUGUCCUUUGUUAAACUAAACUUGAUGAUUUUUUUUAAAAUCUCUUUAUUGAUUCUUUGUGAAUCUCCCAUCAUACACACCAGUCCCACUCAGCUCCCUGUCCCCUCAUAUCCACCUUCCACCUUUGCAACUCCCCCACCCCUUAAAAAAACACACAAGGAUAAACAAAACGAGGCAUAGAAAACAUCUCACUGUGGAAGCUGUGGUGUGUCACAGUGUGUCCCACAGUAUAUUCUUCUGUCCACGCAUCUUCACUUGCAAAUAUUCAUUGCAAUGAGUCACUGGUCUGGUUCCAGAUCUCUGGUUUCUGUGACACCAUCAAUAUUGGAUCCUCACCCAGACUUCUCUGGUUAUCCUGUUGUUGUCCUGUGUCAUGGAGACCCUGCAACUUUGGAUCAGCAGGACUGGCCCUUUACACUGGGUUCACAGAUGAUGUAGAUUUUAGGGUGGGCCACGCCUCCAGAGCCAGCUCCACUCUGCUGCCCACUUGAGGCUCAGGGCCACUCUCCCAAGUGCAACAACCAGCUAUGAACAGACCAACUCUCCCUAGCUCCAGACCUUGAGGCUGGCUCUCCCAAGCACCCACCACCAUGGCCAGCUUUCUGCCUUUCAUGACCCAGGAAAAGGUUUUGAUUUUUAAUUUCCACACACUCAUAUUUUUCAAACUUGUAAUUUUGAACUUGUUUUCUUAGCUUCUUUUUGUUUUUAAUAAAAAAAAUCUAUUGUCUGAACUCUAUACAUACAGCUCCUAAAAACACUAUCAACUUGAUUUUCAUAUUCAGCUUUUAAAGCACUAGGACUAAUUGUGAUACCCUGAAUAUCUGUUUUUAAGAGAACCUUUUACAAGAACACUUCAGGGCUUGGAACACAGCUAAGUAUAAGAUCAUUCACCUUACGUAUAUUUAGUUCUCUGGUUGAGUACUUGGCACGCGUGUGCGUGCACAUGCACGCGCGCGCACACACACACACAGAUACAUACAAAUGUAAAACAGACACAUCUAUACAUGUGCACAAACACAGACACAUGGAAAUGAGAUACGCACACACACUCACUCACUCAUAUUAAGUCUAUUGCAUCUUUGAAAGACAUUUAUGCCUGUUCUGUCUGAAACAUGGUUCCUUUCAGGACAAGCAUCUGUACGGGUUAUUAUGUCUAGUCCUACCCCUCUACAAACACAAAACAAAAGCACUGAAACUCCAAAUCUGUUUCUUGUGAAUUCUAUCUUUGCUGUGAUAGGGCCUUUGCAGAUACAAUCAAAUCAGGAUGAAGUUAUUAGGGGGUUAGCAAUGAAAUGGGGACAUUCCUGCUUUUUCCAAAAGUCGCUGAUCCUCAUUUGGGCCCACAAGUAACUGAAAGCAGACUGAAAGCAUGACAUGUCUUCCUUUAUUUUAUGUCUGUCUGUCUCAAUUUAGCUGAAGGCACAGAGUUAAGUCACUGCCCUUAACUUUUCCUCUUGAGUUGCCUUGUAUCCUAGAAACGACACAGAUUCUCCAGAAAAAGGGGACCCUGGCACCAAUGAGGACAGUUUUCAGUAAGGAUAAGGCUGCAUCUUGGAGCAGAAGUAAACAUCUAAGGGCCACUGUCUUAUCUCUUCAAGCAAGAAUGACUUCUUUGGACCAUCCCAAAGUACCAGAACUGAGACAACAGUCAGAGAAACAAUACUUUUAUCAAGACAGCUUAAUCAUGUAUUCUUCUGGUCCCUUGGCACAAAACUUUCUGUUUAAAUAUAAAGUUCAUGUCUAUACCCUGAAGGUGAACAUGAGGUCAAUGAACCCCUUUACCUGUUCUUACCGUGUAACCUCAUUAAAUAAAUCCCCUCCCUCUGUUUUUUCCCAAUUGUUUGUCUCUUUAAUGGGUAGAUAGGACACAACUGAUAAGCCAUAGCUUGUUGGGGCUUCCAGACUUGGGUUUUUAUCCUAAACACUCUGGUUAUACCAACUCAGUGUGUCUGGUGUCAGUAUUAGAGAUAAACACUCAGCAGUCCCAGGGAAAGCACUGAAUGGUGACAAAUUGGGCUGGAAGAAAGGAGAGAAAGAAGGGAGAUAAUGAAAGAGAGAGUAGAGAAGGAAGGGAAGGGGCAGGGGGAGAAGAGAAAGAAGAGAUUGAAUGAUUCGAUUGCUAGUGGCUAAGUGCUGAUUGGUGGUAAUCACUAUGGUGAUGGUGAUGGUGAUGGGGCUGUGACGAGGCAAAGAAGGCAAGUGCCCAGUGUCAGAGGAAGCAUGGCUGUCUGGCUUCAGACGCUUGGGCUUUAGACUUAAAGCCUACAGAACUAAGAAAGAAUGUAUUUCUGUUAAGCCGACCAGCUUGGGAAAUAUAGGUUCAAGUACUUGGUACCACAUUAGGUGGCAGUUUGGGGAGGUUAUAGAACCUUUGGAAGGUGAAGCCCUAUUGACAAGAAUAUACCUCAGGGGUGGGCAUUGAGGUUUGGUAGCCUCACCCCCAUUCUGCUUAUGCUUUACCCCUCCCCUCCUUCCUGUGUGUGCAUACAAAUGCUUCCUGCUCCCCUCUCUCCCACCUCCCACUACUAAGCCUUCUCCCACUGUGAUGGACUCUGUUUCUCUGCAAUCAUGAGACAAAACAAACUCUUCCUUAGGUGGUUCUUGUCAGACAGUUUUAUCACGACAGAAAAGUGACUUGAAGCAGAAACUAUAAGCGGAAGAGUGAGGUUUUUACUUGGCUGUGUUGGCUUUUGGGAGGAAUGAGAACGACUUUAGAACAUUGGACUAGAAAGGCACUGGACGUUGUAGUAGUGCAUACCUGGCCAUGCUACAGGGAGCCUGGACGACUGGAACAAUGAGAGCUACAUGAACAGUAGAAUCUCAGCUCAGGAGGACUCAGAAGGGAACUAGAACUUUUUCCAACUGGGCUAGAGGCCAUUCAUGGGAUGCUUCAGCAAAGAAUCUGGCUAUGUUUACCCAUGUCCUGAAAACUUACAUAAAUCUAAACAAUGGACUAAUUUAUUUGGUGGAGGAAGACUUGCAGCAGGAGUGUUGAAUCUGCGGUGUGGUUAUUACUGAUUGUACUCAUUCAGACCUACAAAGAAGAAGAGCAAGAGGCAAGGUAGAAAUAAAUGACAGCUGCGCAGUUUGGAGAAGAAAAGAGCUUCGGAAGCAUCGCAUCCACAGUUGUAUUGAGAGUCUGUGAUUGUUAAGGAGGUCAGCAUCAUUAAAGAAAGCCUCCUACUCUCCUUGAGAAGACUUGAAAGAACUCUCAAAGCAAGACCACAGCCAGCUAAGCUUCCAUUUUGGGAAAGAGGGAUAAAGGCUUGAUAGCUAAUAAAAAGCAAUUGCUUCAGUGGACACACUUUGGUGCGGCUGUGGUUCAAGAGGCCAGGGUACACCCCAGACUUAGUGCCAUCCAUGUGGCACUGGUUUUGGAGACAAGAAAAAUGCAAGAUUGAGGGAGCCCCGUAGUUUCAGAAAGCAACUGAGACCAGGAGAUAUGUCACAGGGUCAUAGUUCCUUCAAAGAUGCCCUGAGAAGCCACUGAAUGAAGCUAUUAAAGGUUGUGGUAGAGACCUCCAAGAUAUUGGAGAUGCUACGAUCAUGAAGCAUCAUCUAGCCAGGAGACUUGCAUACAGGGGGUAAAACAAGCCCAAGACAGAGAUUCAUAUUGCAGGCAGCUAAGCUGGAAGGGCAGAACCACCUAAGCCCUUUGAAACCAAAGCCCCAGACACUGGGCAUGGAACCCCAGGAUUUCAUAUUCGCCUGCCGAGUUUCAGCCUUUGUGAUCUUAUCUUUCCUCACUGUGUUCUCACCCCUCCCUUUUGGACUGGAGAUGUGUUGUUGUAAAAAUAUAAAAAUAAAAAAGAUAUUGUUGGUUCUUUUACCCUGCUAGCUCUGGCACUGCACACAUCCCAACUCCUCAGCGGCCCAGAGUCUCCUGUCGCCACACACUUUCCUACACUCAAACCAUCACAUAAAAGAACACACAACACAAUAAUCUUUGACCCAGUUGGUAAGAUAUAAUUGCCCACUUAAACAUACAAAACCCGGUACCAUCCAUCCCUUAAGAACAUUGAUUAACCUGUAAAAAUACACCAAGCAGAAUCUUAACAUCACCUGCCAUGGCUUCUCCCCCCUCUCUCUCUCUCCUGUCCUCCCUUUCUCUUCUAGUCUCCUCCUCUUCCUACAAACUUCUCUCCCGCCCAUCCUCCCUUCUCCUCCAAUGACAGGCCUCCUUCUAUCCUGUACCUGCCCCUCACCUGUACUUUACAAAUUCAAUGGCGAGGUGGUUCUGGUGAAGUCACCUGAGUUCUGAGUAUGUGACUAGGCAGCUGUCCUUGGGGCAGUGGAAUUAGCAUCAAAAUACAGAUAACUUCAGGGCAAACCACAACAGAGAUGUAUAUAAUAUGUCAUUGCAGGUUAGGAAUAAGUAAAUUCUCCUUUUAUUCAACUGGGUAUCAUAAUUAAGAAAUUGCCAUCAGUCUUAAAAGAGAUUUUGAACUUUUCAACUGUAUUGAGACUGUUAAAAAACUAUGGGAACUUCUGAAGUUGGUCCAAAGGUAUUUGCAUUACAAUAUGACCAUGAACCUAUGGGGACUUUGGGGUAGAAUAUCCUGGUUUGAAUGAGAAAUCUUCUGCCACAGGCAUGGUCGCCAGCUGGUAGUAUUGACUGGGGAGGUUACGAGAACUUUAAGUAGAACCUUGCUGUAGGAAAUACAUUGGAAUGCGGCCUCUCCCUACCUCUCCCUUUUCCUUGCCCCCACCUCUUGCUCCCUCCCUCCCUCCUCUUCUCUCCUCUUCCUAUGUGUGGAUGAAAAUUUGAUCAACUACUUUCUCAUUCCUGCUAUCAUGCUGGACCUUCCCCACCAAGAGGGGCUCCAUCACUCUGAAACCCUAAGCAAAAAAAACCUCUUUCUUCCUUAAGUUGCUUCUAUAUAGUUACACUUAAAAGAGACAAAUGCAUGAAUCAAACCCAAGCUAACAAUGUAACACCUGAAUCAAGCCCAGAGUAAUACUGUAACAAUGUAACACAUCCAUAGUCAGACUACAUUUUAACAAUGCUGGAGGGCUCCAGUCUUGUCAUUUUGCCUCACAAGAGGUGGUAAGAAGUCCUACCAUUGGCUAGCUGCCAUGCUGAAGCCACCGCUUCCUGUUUGGUUAGAGCACUACUGCUCCCCAGCUUCAAGACUUUCUUUCUUAUAAGGUCUGAAAUAGGCUAAAGCUCCGGUGGGAAUGGGAUUGCUGCACCCCUGGCAGUUAGCGAACUGACAAACAUUUGACAAAAGUGAACUUCGGUGUCUGGGGAGUUGGCUCAGUUCGUAGUGCUUGCCUGGCAGGCACGAGAACCUGAAUUUAAUCCCAGAACUCAUGGGAAGGUCUUAGGCAUUGUGGCUCUCUCUUAUCAUCCCAGAGCUGGGGAAAUAGAGACUGGAGCAUAUCUGGGGCUCACUGGCCAAUUAGCCCAGCCUAAUAGUGGGCUCCACGAUAAUAACAGACCCAUCUCAAAGUAGAGGGAUGGCGUUGUUAGCAAUGACAUCUACAGAUACCUGUGUGUCUAUGUACCCAUCCAUACACAAGGACACACACACACACACACACACACACACACACACACACACCCUGAGUCUCAACUCAAUUUGAUACAGCAAGGUCAUGAUCUCAAUAUCCCCAACUGUUCUCACCCUAAAGAGGGUAUCACAAUGGAGUCUCCCUGAGAACAGGCCCAAGCACCCUUUUCCCUUUCCCUCCCAUCAAACCACUGUUCCUGUUCCCCUUUCCUUUUGGUGGAAACCUGGGAGAUACCUAGGAGACGUAUGAAGCUGCUGAGUCCUUUCUCUCCAGCAUAUACAUUUGCACAGACACUUUGGGUUACCUAUUACUCUCUGAAUUGCCCUUGCUUCGAAGUAUCACAUGUUAGGGUCACCAAGGAACUCACUCUUUCACAUUUUUCAUACUUUGUCACUUCUCCUUUAGUCCUUUAACAUGUCUCUGUGGCUCUCAGGCUGACAUCAAGUUCCAGUUAAGCAGGGAGAGCUAUUCACAGCCCUGCCGCUCUCCUGCAUGGGCUCUCCAGCUGGGUUUUCAUAGAUGUCUUUACCUACGUGGCUGGUCUUCUGCAUGGUUUCUGGGUUCAUUAGUAUUCUGCUGAGCAAGCGCAGCCUGAUACAGGCAGUCAGAUUCUUCUCUCUCAUCAACUAGGCUACUCCAGGCUUCUUCAAAAUGGACUUGAGGUUCUCAAGAGCAAAUCCCAAAUUUCUAGUAGCUCCAUCAUUUGCUCUUGUAUUACCAGUCAACUAAAAUUAUGUGGCCAGAACCAGGGCCAGUGUGGGAGAAAAUCACAAACGCUGUAAGUCUAUGGAACACACUGUCAUCUAGCUUUCCCUUUCGCUUUGUCAUUCAUUCAUUCAUUCAUCCAUCCAUCCAUCUCACAGACUUUAGGAACAUCUACUGUAAUCAAAGCCUGGGGUUAGGUACUAAGGAUACAGAGGAUUUUCCAGGGCUUGAAAUUCAUAUUUUAAGACAGUUACCGAGACUAGAACUUUGAGAAGUCAGAUUUGCAAAGGUCCCAGGAAGUAGGGUGGUGAGCUCUGCGUUCUGCCUCAUUUCUACAGAAAUUGCUUUCUGGUUACUCAGGAUCUAUCAACAACCCUGGCUACCCAGGACUGCCUAACAAUAGCUUCUUCCCCAUAAGAGCAGCCUGGAAUUGAAAUACGUUGGGGAGGGAGGGGACGCAAAAGUUUUAAGAAUAUAUUUUAACAUCUCAAUUAAGAAAAAAAAUCACAUUUGUUUGCUCAUAUGUAGUUCAAGCAGAUAACUAUAUAAUGAUGGCAUUUCCACUCAGUAUUUAAAAGUCAAAGGUAGAUAUCAGGUGGGAACCGCUUACAGUGUAAUCCUGGGAGCCCCAAGCUGUCUGUUUGUUUAUAGAAACAGUUGCUCGUGACGGAAUUCAUGCUUGUGAAGUCACAUAGACCAGAAGUUCAAAUGAAAAGCUUUUCAAAAGAAUGCACAGAACGUUUCUAUGCUAAGGGAAUUCUUGUCCCCCGUGAUGAGGACAGUUCACAUUUGGAGCCCAGCUUCUCCUGCGGAGGGGGUAGGGAACAGAGUGGGGCUUCAUUUUCUCACAAAAGGCACAAUGUGAGGCACAUCUGUGAACACGGUGCAUAAUUUGUUAUGUUCUACAAAGAGGUGGAUUUCUGUUAUACACAUACCAGAGCUGUUGAGCCUCACCCAUGAUCUCUCUAUUCAGGCCCAGCAAAGAAACCGGUCUCCAGAAACUGAAAGGGGAGUAAAUUUUUCUUUAAAAAUUAGAUACAGAUUAUCGCUUCAAAAUGCAGGAGGGAAUUUUACAAGUGAUGGUGUGCCGAUUAGCUUUGCAAUGAACAUCCAGCCCUUUAUAGAAACGCAUACUAGCGGUGGUCAGCUGUGACAAAUGUGGUUUAUUACUCCCCAAACUGAACUACCCAUCUAAUGUAAAUGAGGAAUGUUGGGUGAACUUGAACUGCUUGGACAUGAAUGACCAGAGAAUUUAUUUGAUGAGACAUUAAAGGCUAACUAUGGGAACUGUC